CGAUGAACUUACAUUUUAAUCAAUUUCGUAACUUUAUUAACUCAUGUUGAAUUCUUGAGAUAGAGCUAAUGAAGGAUAGCUCUUCUCAGUAUCUCCUGAAUUGGUGCAUUGAGCAAACCAAGGUUUAUCCACAUAUCAAGAUUACUGAUUUCACAACAUCAUGGAAAGACGGUCUGGCGUUUUGUGCUUUAAUUCACAAACAUUUCCCUGAUCUUAUAGAUUUUCCUCAGUUGAAGUCUGAAGAUGCUGUAAAAAAUAUCGAGUUGGCGUUUUUCGUCGCAGAAACAAAAUUAAAUAUCCCGGUGCUGAUAAGUCCAAAAGUUAUAGUAUUUGAAGAUGUGGAUGAAAAGCACAUAGUUGAUUACGUUUCUAGAUUGUAUGGGGCAUUAAUUAGAAGGUCCUCAGAUACGUAUCCGGAUAAAAACCUAUCAUAUUUGUGUGAACGAGCAGAGGGACUCCCUUUGUGUGAUCUAUGUGGAGAAACUAUAUUUCGUUUUGAGCAACUGACUGUUUCCAGCAGGAACUACCAUCGUAGUUGCUUUCGUGAAAAUCAGCUAACUUACCUCGAAGAACGAAAUGCUACGCUGAGGAGUUCCAAUGCGUCUAAGGAUCUACCGUUAUCUAAGUUUUCAGACGCAAGUUCAUCUUCAAUUAAACUCACUCCAGGAGAUGAGUCUGACACAGGUAGCCAUGAAAAACGUCAACCGGUACACAAACCAUCUAGGCCACCACUUCCUGAUAUUUUAAGCAACAAUGCGUCUUCUAGAUUGAAUAGUGUUUUGAAGACACAAGCUAGAAAAGCAGCUAGCACAGAAUAUUGUGAAAACAACUCCGAUUUAGUCCCUGAGAAUAUUGUUUCUUAUCCUGCUGCUUUAAAUCCGUUCGAAGAUGAUUAUUCAUCUGAUUCCAACCCUCAGCAUGAUUGUAAACACAAGCCUUAUAAUCCAUUUGACGAGGAUUUAUUAAUCCAAGACUCAGAAAAAGAUAACGAUAUUUCAGUUUCUGAUCCCUCUGAAAAACUAGAUAUAUUGAACCCUCCAUCUCCGGUACAAACACCUGGUGAUUGUACAGACAGAAACAUGGAACGAAGUGAGCAUAUUUCCUCCAUGAAACAAUUAGCUCCAGAUGAACCACUAAAUUUUCGAACUGCCCAUUCGUCUAUAUGUGACUUAUCUAGUUUACUUGCUUAUGGGCGUAUGAGUAAAGAAAAGUCUUCCUCACCAAGCAGCCAUUCAACAUCGUCCUCAAAACCUCUCAAUGGAUCAGAUACAAGAAUAACCAGAUCAGUUAUUACUAAAGGGCCUGCUCCGCCUAUUCCUGUUUUAUGCCGACGUGAUGUCAGAAGCGAUCGACGAACUGACUUCAUUUCAUAUUCAGAAUUGCAUAAAAGACUAUACGAAAUAAACAAUGAACUUUCCGGUCUGGAGCUAGCUGCUCGUCAAAUUCAAACAAGUAUCAGGGAAAUGUCUGAAGAUGACGGAAGUGUCAAAGAACUAUUAAAACAAUGGCUUCAUACCGUUCAAUUAAAGGAUAACCUUUUCAGAAAGGAAUCAGAGUUACUUCAAAGGCUUCGUUGUCAAGAACUGGAGGACCGUCAUGCCGAGUUAGAAUAUGAACUACGAGCGCUAAUAGCUAAACAAGACAUCGAGCGAGAUCAUCUAGCAGACAAACCCUCGAAAGUAAAUUCAAACGUAAGUUUUUGUUAUUAAUAAAUUCAUUCCAUUAGAGAAAUUUUCAAGUUCAUGAUGUUAGUCACAGUCAUAGAACAAUCAAUGAUAAUUUCAAAUACUUUAUCCCAUUAUCUGCAAAUAUCAAAAAAGAAACGUUUUUAUCUACAACCCUUAUGAAGGAAGGUCGCAUAGAGUGCAAACACCAAAAAAGUGAAAUCCUGCAUUGGGAUUGUAUUUUCACAAACAUAAAGAUGUAAUACAUUACCUUGACACUUAAGCUGAUAAACUGUUACCAUUGUCUAUUGCUUCAUCCAUGAAUGGUUUAUAAAGACUUAUUUCCCAGAUUAAAAUGGCGAUUAAUUAUUAGCUUUAAGAACAUCAACUCUGAUGCAGGUACAUCUACCUGACGAGUCCCAAAUAGGACGAGGCGCGCAUCUUCGAUUCCACUGCUAACCAUCAUCCAUUUCUGAAUUUAAUGCUUGUGACGUAAUGGCAAUGUCGAGGCACUCCGCACAGGAUGUACAUUUGUCAAAAGAGACUGACCAACUGCAGUUCUAAAGCAUCAAUAGGAAGAUCCAAACAUCCAAUAUACAUGAAUAUCCUAGAUUCGCAUAUAUAAAAGAUUAUAUUUACAAUUUUAAUAAAGAUAGGAUCAAAUAAAAAUAGAUAGCAUAAGUCUUAUUCGCAUAACCGACCUGUUUUGGGGCAUGAAAGACCCAACUUCUAUAUAUCCUAGAGUACAGUCGAUAACACAACUUCACACUGAGACCUAAUUUUGUUGCGUCUGAUUUUGUCAAUCUCUAUUCGACUGAUGCAUACAAUGUAGCUCAUUUCUGUGAGAUCUUAAUGACCGUCACGCCAAAGUACAGUUGGGAAGUCUACAGCAUUUAUUAUCAAAAUGAAUUAGUCAUGUUCAACGCAAGACCUGACAUAUAUACAUCAGUCUAAUUUGCCACAUCCUAUCAGCACAUCAAUAAGAAAUUAUCAAGAUAAAUGCUAUAGAUAUAGUAACGGUAUGAGUGGUAACAAGAUAGAUUAAGUAUGCAAAAUGUGAUCAGAGAAAAAUGGAUUCGAAAAAUAAAAAAUAUAGGUAAUUUAAGAUAAAUAAGUAGUCUAAGAGAAUGCACUUGUGCCGUCUGAACGAUCUAAACCGUGUUACCUAACCUCUCCAACCUAUAUAAGGUUCAUGUCAACCGGAAACGAUUCUGUGAACUAAUGUUACAUCUUGGCUCGGCUGUCCUCAGUUUUCUUCCAACCUACAACUACAUCACCAAACGUUGCAUGUCAAGGUAUGCGAUUGUCGCGCAUACAUCAAACACAUCUUAAUUACCUCAGUCGAUGAAGAUUCAUUGUCUCGUUGACCAACUUGUAUUCUUAUUUAGUACCGUGUCUAACUUCAUACAAGGAUUUGAAGGAAUCUACGAACAGAUACUUAUAACCUAUGAAUAUACUUCAUCUUAAAAAAAUGUUUCACAGCCCUUAAGAAAAAAUAAAACUGCUGCGCAAGAAACAUAUCCUUUAGUUGGCAAACAGAUAUUUCGUCUACACUACAAGUUGGUGCAAUCCAACUGAGCUAUUGUCAGAUACUAGACUACCAGAGUUGAUGAGACUUCUAAGACAAAUGACAUGAUCGACGGACUCAAGUACUUCACAUUCCAUUACUAGUUUAGGUGUUAACGCAAACCAGUCCUAAAGUAAAACUUCCAAUUUUAGAGGCA